AUGAGUUAUCGUGGCCGCGGCCGAGGAGGCGGAUACAACAACAACCGGCCGAGCUUCCAGCAAAUGGAGCAGGCGGUGCAGGCCAACUCCGUCCCCGUGGAAAUCGCCAACUGGAAUGGCGCCUCCGCCGACGAGGCCGUGUCGUUCAUCUUGCGCAAAACCAAGAUCAGGGUGCUGAACUACCUGGUCGACCCCAACACGGGUAUAUUGCAAGGCUACGUCAUCAACGAUAAGGAGGCUAACCGGUUGCUCGAAUACAAAGGGUUGCGCUUCGCCCAGCAGAGCUUGGAGUUCCGCAAAGGCACGGGGAUGGGCCAGUUCGCCAACCCCGCGGCCACUGGCGGGCCCCCGAACACGAUUGAGUCGCUCCAACACUUUUUGCGGUCACGCUACCAGCCAGAGAUCAAGAUGUUGGAUCUCAGUGCCGUCGCCGCCGACCCCGGCUUGCUGCAAACGGGGUUCUUCUCUAAAGCGCUGACGUCGUCGAAGUUCUUCCCCGCCCUCAUGAAGGUGGCGGAAAACUUGAAGUUGGACGUGGUGCUGAUCAACUUGCUGAACAACCAGUUGCCUGACCUCACCAACGUCACCACAUUGUCGCAGGCGUUCCCUAACUUGUUGAACUUGCUGUUGAUGAAUAACCAGAUUAAGACCUCCAAAGUGUUCGACACCUGGCGCAAUAAGUUCAAAUACUUACGUGAGCUCCUCGUCAUGGGUAACCCGUUCAUCACCAACUGUCGUAGCGAGCACGACGCCAACCGCAUCCAGAGUGACUUGAUGAAAACGUUCCCUCGUCUCGUCUUAUUAGACAACAAAGCGGUACGCAACGAAGAGGUCAUCACCAAAAACCUCCGAUUUGGCUUCCCCCUGCCCACACAAAUGUUUUCUGACCUCGAAGACACCAAUAGCACCGCCACCAUGUUCAUCACCAAUUACAUCAACUUGUGGGAUACCAACCGCGAAGGGCUCAUGCAACUAUACCAAGCGGAGUCGCAGUUCUCGUUGCUGAUGGAUAUGUCCCACCCGGUGGUGCUCAGCAACGACAACAGCAAUAUCGACUGGAGCUACUACAUGUACAUGAGUCGCAACCUCGCCCGGGUGCUGGCCGACCAGGUGCGGGCCAGUCGUCUCAGUACGGGGCCCGAAGCCAUCUAUAAGCUGUUCCUUCAGAUCCCCGGCACCCGCCACGCUUUGGGUACGCGACCGCAAGACUUUGCUAUGGAAGCGUGGAAAUUGCCCCAUCUGCCGAUUAACGGCAUCGUCAUUACUCUCCAUGGUUCGUUUGAGGAGAUUGAGGCUCCCAAAAACACCGAAAACGUCGGGAAAAAGGGUGGCUUCCACCGCAAUCACGGCCACAACCAUAAGAAGCCUAAACUUGAGCGCCGCAGUUUCGACCGCACGUUCGUACUCGUGCUCUUACCAGGGGGACAAAUGGUAGUGGCCAGCGACAUGCUUGCCCUCCGCCCUUAUACUGAUGCGCUGGCGUUUAGCAUACAGCUGGCAACGGCGGUGCCAUCGCAAGUACCGUCCCAGGUUCCGUCACAGGUGCCGACUCCGGGAGCUACCCCACAACCGGGUCAACCAGGGGUAGAGUCGUUACCGGCAGAAAUCCGGGCGCAGUUGAGCCCGGUGCAACAAGAGCUUGUGGUCAAAGUGAUGCUCGAGACCAAGCUCAAUCUUCAAUACGCACUCAUGCUCUGUCAACAGAGUAAUUGGAACUUCGACCAGUGUGCAAUCAACUUCAAGGCGCUGGGCCCGCUCCCGCCGGAAGCUUACGCUUAA